GUCCAGAGGGCGGGAGGCGGAUACACCGGGUCCCCGACGCCGAGACACGGCCACGAGGAGGCGGCGCGGGCCCGCCCCUCUGCUAGCGGGCGCGGGCCCGAGACGCUGCGCGGCGGCGGGAGCGAGCGGCUGCUGACAGCCCGGGGAGGUCCAGGCGGCACUUGCUGCCCCGUGCGAAAGGAGGCGGCAGCAGGAGCGGCGACCGCGGGGCUGACCACCCAGACAGCGGACCCUGCAGAGCUGCGCUGCCCGCGGUGCUCGCCCGUCUCCCCCCCGCCGGGCAGGGAAGCCUGGGAAGAAGUGGGCUGUUGGGCAGUCCCCGCUGGUUAUCUAGUGCGCCUUCAGGCUCACAGCGCCAGAACUGUCUUUGUGACAGGUUCCCUUGGUUAUAAACUCCUCCCCUCCUGGUGCUACAACAAUGAGUGGGAAAUCCCUGCUCUUAAAGGUCAUUCUCUUAGGUGAUGGUGGAGUUGGGAAAAGCUCACUUAUGAAUCGCUAUGUAACCAAUAAAUUUGACUCCCAGGCUUUUCACACUAUAGGGGUAGAGUUCUUAAACCGAGAUCUGGAGGUAGAUGGACGUUUUGUAACACUCCAGAUCUGGGACACGGCCGGGCAGGAACGUUUCAAGAGCCUUCGGACACCUUUCUACAGGGGAGCAGACUGCUGCCUCUUGACCUUCAGUGUGGAUGACCGACAGAGCUUUGAGAACCUUGGUAACUGGCAGAAAGAAUUCAUCUACUAUGCAGAUGUGAAAGACCCUGAGAACUUCCCUUUUGUAGUUCUUGGUAACAAGGUAGACAAGGAGGAUAGGCAAGUAACUACUGAGGAGGCACAAGCCUGGUGCACGGAGAAUGGGGACUACCCUUAUCUAGAAACAAGUGCCAAAGAUGAUACUAAUGUGACAGUGGCCUUUGAAGAAGCUGUCAGGCAGGUGCUGGCUGUAGAGGAACAACUGGAGCAUUGCAUGUUAGGUCACACUAUUGAUUUGAAUAGUGGCUCCAAAGCAGGAUCUUCAUGCUGUUAAAAAUAGAAAGCCUUUGAAAAAUGUCUUCCAAAUUGGUCAGUAGUAUAAGAAUAACCAUGUCUCUCUAAGAAUGUGUGUGCAUACAUGCACAUACACAAAAGAGUAAGAGAUAGGUUGAAGUUAUGAAUCAAAUCCUUUCCAGUUGAAGUUGUAGGGUGAUUUUUAAAAAAAGCUUUAUCGAGUAUAUUUUGUGUGACUCCUGCUAUUUCCUCCUUGUGUGUGUCAGGAUGUUUCAGAAAGCUUUAGUCCUGAGUGAUUUAAAUAUUUUUCAAAUCACAGUUUAAACUUAGAACCCAGCCGCAUGAAGGAGUUAAAGAGUGACAGCUAUCCCUUAAAGUGUUUUAUUUAUCAACUAACAAAUGUCCCCAUCCACUCUUGCCAAGCAGAUUCUGACAUUUCUGCCAAAGGAAUAAAGACUCUAAGGUGUAUCACAGUACAUAAUAAUUUAAACAAAGGUUUCUUUAAAAAAGACAUUGUAAUUAUUAGGAAUGCAAAAGUAUAAUAAUGUACAGUACCUUGUUUAAUUUCCUAUGUAUGGUUUGCUCCCUUCCGAGCUUUUCAGAAGCAUACCACAUUGAAUAAUGUCUUAUUCAAAACAUACAGUGAUGACACUGGAAGUUGAAUUUACUCCUUGUGUUUGAUAUGACAAGGUACUAAUUGAUUAUGCUUAAAUAUGCCAACCACUUUUGCACAUAAAUGGUUGGUUUUGCUGCUUUUACUUCAUAAGUCUACUUCUGCUGCAUAGGGAUAUUGCUUCUCUGACAACCUCUUAUCAAUUUAGCAAUGCUGCUUAGCAUAUGGCUUUGGAUACAGUGCUCUUUUCUCAUAGUUUUGAUGACCCUUUGGUUCACCAGGCUGUGUUCCUAGAGAAGCUUUCAUAAUAGAUCGGGGAAUUGUGGGCUUUACUUAUACGGUUCUUUAAUUCAAAUAGUGUAGAAGGAACAGAUUUCUUAUAUGUUGAGGUGUGUGUUCAGAUAGUCAAAUACUAUGCUGAAAGUGACAAGAGAGCAGACAUUAUAAUUAUAAGAAAUUUAUUCUUAGGCCAGAUUAGUUGUCCAGCAGUUGAAUGGACUGCCUUAAUAGUGAACUGCCUUCCAGUUAAUAUAUUCAGGAAGUUGCUGGAUGACACCUGUUAAAAUACCAUAGGAAGAAUUUCUGUACUGGAUAGAUUUUCAGUAUAAAUCCUACAAAUCUAUGAACUACAAACUACAUCUCAAUGUCAUUUACAGUUAGACAUAUCUCAAAACAACAGCCUAAGACUAUAGAAAGGACUUUAAAAAUUCUCAAACUGUUCUGAGAUCAACAUUUAAUAGCAAUUACGGAGCACUCCCAUUUGCUUUUGCAAUAGGUGUGGGAAAAUACUAAACUCUAAGUAAUUAUUACUUGCCCUGAUACAAGAAUCCUGAAGAUAUCAUAUUAAAAUACAAAUGCGAUUAGCCAGAUUUUGACUGCCAGCUAUAUACUAUAUUAUGGAUAUGGAGUUUUGUUCCUAUUGGUUUAUCUGUUUGUCUUGCAUAGCUUUUACUCUGUACUUUUAAAACAUCUAUGAUAAAAUUGUGACCCAAGGUGGGGAGGGACAUUAAAAAUGACACCCCUAAAGAGAUCUCAGAUAGGAAGGGGACAGGAACUUUCACAGGAAUACAGCCUAGAAAUCUCCAUUGUAGCCACUUAAUGGAAUCAGCCUUAUAAAUGGGACUUUAUGUGCUUUAAGAGCUCUGGGACUUUUGGGCCAAACAAGUGGAGUGCAGUAUUUCAACCAGUCAUGCUCAAUAUUUGCAAUCUAAAUAUAGCCUUGACACCAUUGACCAACUAACUUUGAUGUCAGAAAUCAAAGCCAGCCCAGGGACCCCACAGUUCUUAAGCUUUGGUCCCUAUGCUGCCAAUGCCUAUAGCCAGCUGCACUUGGUUUCCAAGUUCUAUGAUCAUUUUGCUACAGUUAUGUUAGGGUGAAAAUCUAUAUGUCAAAACUGUUAAAUGCUAAUUGUUUAUAAGUGCAUGAGACCUGGGGCCUUCUCUUUCUACUUGCACUCUGCUUAUACUAGUUUCUAUUUGUAGAUCUCAGGCCUUCAAAACACUUUCAUCCACUCACAAAAGUAUUUGUCUAUAGGAUGGCAUGUGGUCAUUUGAGUAAAAAAUUAAUGAUGUGAGUAGCUCAUUCAUAAACCUCCUGUCCAUCCAAGACAAGUGUUAAUUUUAUUAAUUGGUCAACUGAAGCCCCUUAUGUGUCAUACCAAUUUUUUUCUGCCAACUCAUAACAGUUUUCUUAAUGGAAUCACUUAAUAUUAAGUGACCAAACAAUGACUUUUUGGUGAAUUAUAUUCAGUGGGGUGCUGACAUAGUUUGCAUAAGAUUAAAAAACACCAAAAGUUGAAAUCUGUGAGUACCAGAAACUAUGUAUAUAGGUUUAGAAAUUGACUGUGAAAUUGAAAAUGUACAGUGCAAUAUUUUCAGUAGGUGUUUUUUAAAUGAACACUUGAUGUUUUAAAGAAGAUAUUUUUAAUUGGAACUAUGCUGUUUUUCCAGUGGUCCAUUAAAGUAUUUAUUUAGUUUGUUUUUGUGUAUUGGACAUUCAGCGGACCUCAGAUUUUGUUUGUCUUCAGUGGAUUAAUUUCAGGUUACUUUGUGCCUGCCUCAGCCAUCUAUAUUUUACCCUGAGGUAUUCCACAAUCCUCUUGUUGCGGGUGCUGCUAAAAACUCAAAAUUGUGUAUCAGAUAUUUUAUUUGAACUGUAAAAAUCAUCUGUGUCAAAGUGAAUAAAAUUGCAUUUUGAAUAAUCAGUACACAAUGAUUGUGCUUCUAUUUUAGGCAAAAAUAGUAGUACACCUGACACACUGUACAUAUCAGUCAAGGCUCUCUUUCAUGUAAUCCUACAUGUUGCCUCUGAAUUAUUUUGUUCACGUGAUAUUCCAAGCAGCCACUACCUAGUAAUAAAAGGGAUACACUUUUACUAAUUGGGAGACAGAAUCCAAAGAUUAAGGUGGGGAGGUUCUUUAUCACCAGCUUUUAGUGACCCCAAGUAUUAAAGACUAGAACUUGGAUCUUGAGUCUCCACUUGAUUUUUAUUAUAAUUUGAUAUAAAUGUUAAAUCGCGACAAAACACAAAUAUAUUAAUUUAUGUUAUCUUCUUUAUUUUACUGUUUUCCGGAUCUGAGAAAAACAUAAAAAUAUAGAAAAACAAUGGAUAUUUCUAUUAAAUAUUUUGUUGUCUUGUUUCUCACAUAUUGGUAUUUAAAGAUAUUUGCAUUAGCAAUGAAUGGCUUGAAUAUUCAUAGUGAUGACUUUUAAAAAAUGUUCUAUUGAUUGAGAUUCUGUGGUUUACGAUGUCAUUAAUUAUGGUUUCUCAUGUGCAGGGGGAAAAUA